CGACUAAUACCAUUGCUAACAAGCUAUAAUUUGGUUCUAAAUAAUUAAAUCCCAAUAAUAAUUCGACCAAAAUCGGUCAGGAAUUUGAUCUCUUCCGGUUCGAUUUUGCUCGGUUUCGAUUCGAUUUGGACUGAACCGAUCGAAUUCCCACCCCUACUUCCGUUCUUAUUUUCUUCGGUGGUCUUUCUCCAAUUCCUAAUUUCCCAUGAUUCAACACUUCCCGUGUCUAGAAUCUCUAGAUCUGGUUCGCACUUCGCACUCCGGUUUCCAAGUCUACCAGGCAUUUCGUCGAACAAUAUGAUGACGAGAAUUCCAUCGACUAUGAACGGAUCGGCCCAAAAACCUCACGACGAUGACGAAACCACCGCAUCCUCCCCAACCCUUUCCUCCUCCAUAAGCUUCGGCUCGCCGGAAGCUCUGGACCACGUCCGCAACCUGACCGACGUCGCCGCAAUGACCCGGCUCCUCCACGAGUGCAUCGCCUACCAGCGAGCGCUGGACGACGAGCUCGACAAUCUCCUCGCCCAGCGGAGCGAUCUCGACAAGCAGCUCGUCCACCUCCAGAAAUCGGCCGAGGUUCUCGAGAUUGUCAAGGCCGAUUCUGACUACAUGCUCAGCAAUGUUGGCUCCACCUGCGACCUCGCUGACCACGUCAGCGCCAAGGUUCGGGAGCUGGACCUGGCUCAGUCGCGAGUGAACACUACCGUGCUGCGGAUCGACGCCAUUGUCGAGAGAGGGAAUUGCAUCGACGGAGUGAAGAACGCUCUGGAGUCGGAGGAUUACGAGUCGGCCGCCAAGUAUGUGCAGACGUUCCUUCAGAUUGAUGCCAAGUACAAAGACUCCGGAUCCGAGCAGAGAGAUCAGUUACUGGCUUCCAAGAAGCAGCUUGAAGGGAUUGUGAGGAAGCGGCUCGCUGCUGCAGUGGAUCAGCGGGAUCAUCCCACGAUUCUGAGGUUCAUUCGGCUGUAUUCGCCUCUGGGAUUGGAGGAGGAAGGGUUGCAGGUUUACGUAGGGUAUUUGAAGAAGGUAAUUUCUAUGAGAUCGCGGCUUGAAUUUGAGCAUUUGGUGGAGUUGAUGGAGCAGGGGCAUGCUCAAAACCAGGUUGAUUUUGUUGGUUGUUUGACUAAUUUGUUUAAAGACAUUGUGUUAGCCAUAGAAGAAAACGAUGAAAUAUUGAGGAGUCUUUGUGGAGAAGAUGGGAUUGUUUACGCGAUAUGUGAACUGCAAGAAGAGUGUGAUUCUAGGGGUUCUCUCAUUUUGAAGAAGUAUAUGGAAUACAGGAAAUUGGCUAAGUUAGCAUCAGAGAUCAAUGCCCAAAACAAGAACUUGCUUGCUGUUGGAGGGCCUGAAGGCCCUGAUCCUAGAGAGGUUGAAUUGUACUUGCAGGAGAUUCUGUCGUUGAUGCAAAUAGGUGAAGAUUACACGGAAUUUAUGGUUUCCAAGAUUAAAGCAUUGAGUUCAGUUGAUCCGGAGUUGGUACCGAGAGCCACAAAGUCUUUCAGGAGUGGGAGCUUCAGCAAAGUAGUCCAAGACAUUACUGGCUUUUAUGUGAUUUUGGAAGGGUUCUUUAUGGUCGAAAAUGUUAGGAAAGCCAUUCGGAUUGAUGAGCAAGUACCUGAUAGCCUUACCACUUCGAUGGUGGAUGAUGUGUUCUAUGUUCUGCAGAGUUGCUUGAGAAGAGCAAUUUCCACUUCAAACAUUAGCUCAGUGAUUGCUGUCCUUAGUGGCGCAGGUAGUUUGUUGAGCAAUGAAUACCAAGAAGCUUUGCAGCAGAAGAUGAGGGAGCCAAACCUUGGGGCAAAAUUGUUUUUGGGCGGGGUUGGGGUGCAAAAGACUGGGACGGAUAUCGCAACCGCUUUGAAUAAUGUGGAUGUCAGCAGUGAGUAUGUCCUGAAGCUGAAGCAUGAAAUCGAGGAGCAAUGUGCUGAGGCAUUUCCGGCCCCAGCUGAUAGAGAAAAGGUGAAAUCGUGUUUGUCCGAAAUGGGUGAUGUCAGCAUUACCUUUAAGCAGUCUCUCGGUGCUGGGAUGGAGCAGCUGGUCUCGACCGUGACUCCCCGAAUCCGCCCACUACUAGAUGGAGUAGCAACCAUCAGCUACGAGCUGUCAGAAGCAGAAUAUGCAGAUAACGAAGUGAACGACCCGUGGGUUCAGAGGCUCCUCCACUCGGUCGAGACGAACGUGUCGUGGCUCCAACCUCUAAUGACUGCAAACAACUACGAUUUGUUUGUGCAUUUGGUCAUCGACUUCAUCGUCAAGAGGCUGGAAGUGAUCAUGAUGCAGAAGAGGUUCAGCCAGCUCGGGGGCCUUCAGCUCGACAGAGAUGUGAGGGCUUUGGUAACUCAUUUCUCCGCCAUGACUCAGAGGACCAUCAGAGACAAGUUCGCCCGCCUUACCCAGAUGGCGACCAUCCUCAACUUGGAGAAGGUGUCGGAGAUCCUCGACUUCUGGGGAGAGAACUCGGGUCCCAUGACCUGGAGGCUGACCCCUGCUGAGGUUAGAAGGGUGUUGGGUCUUAGGGUUGAUUUCAAAGCAGAAGCAAUUUCUGCUCUCAAGUUGUAGAAUGGCAUCAUGUUGGUUGUUAUGUGUACUCUUUCUUCCCCCCUUCCUGAAGCUUGCACGGGUGGAUAGUCGGUGUUGAAUGUAAAAUCAAUUGAGAAGUUUCUUUUUUUCAUGAACUGCACUACAUAAGUAAUUGGAGGACUCAUCCAUUCAAAAAAAAUUAUGGUUAUUUCACAAUUUGAGUGAGUCUCUGUAAUUUUUUCUUAUAUAUAAUUUUUCUUGUACUGUUUUGUACAUGUCUUUUUGUACAUAUUUUUAUUCUUGUAUUAAAAAAAGGCAAACAAACCAUGUGUACAUAAACAAAGGCGUAUCAUUUGGCUUCAAGGUAUCAUCUAAAAUCCACGUCUCACAGAUGGACCUUUGUCAAUGGCAGCGGUCUCCAUGAAUGGAUGAGAGGCAGGGACCUUCAUCCAUGUGUAAUAUCACAAUAUCUAAAUCAUCGUGUUUUUUUCUCACGAAUACUAAGGGUUCGAGUCCAUACUUCAUACUAUGUGUUGGAUAGAUGAGUAGUAUCAUAUUCAUCUCUACAGAUGAGUUAUAUACCAUACUACGAGUUCGAGUCCAUACUAUACUAUGUGUUGGAUGGAUGAGUCGUAUCGUAUCAUCUCUGUCGAUGAGUUCUAUACCAUACGAUGAGAUGUGACGAUUGUCCCAAUGGAUGGAUGAGAGUGCAGAAACGAGCAAGAGAGAGACACUGCUUUGUGGGAGAAGAUGGUGAGUCGGCAAAACAGACUAGCAGAAGUUCGAAUGCGUUUAUAUAGUCGAAACACACAAGAAUAGCUGGAAUUACAAAUGAACAAUUGGAAGACAA